AUGGGUGGUGAUUAUUUCAAAUUAAGUGAAGAGGUAAAACUAAAGGGGGAAUUGACCAGAAAGAGCAACAACAUAGAAGACAAAGCAGAGUUAUUUUGUUUUAUAUGCUUAGAAAAAAAAUUGGAAAACUCACUUUUGCUUUCGUGCUGUUCGUUAUGUACAGCAUGUGUUCAUAAGAAAUGCUGGUUUAGUUGGAGGAAAACACAAAAGUUAAGUUCGCUAAGAUCUAAAUUAUUAGGGUUAAAUAAAUUGGAUCCUUUAUUAUGUACAAUAUGUAAAACAGGUACUGCAAAAAUAGAAGAAGAAAGAGAUUUUAACUGGUUAGUAAAUAAUAAUAGUAAUAAAGAAUUUUUGCAAGAUGAAUUAUUGAGGACUAUUGCUUCCAUAUUAAAUAAUGAAGUGAAUGAUAAUAAUAUACCUAUAUUACAUUUCAAAUAUAUUUUUUCCUUUAAUUUAAUUUUUUUAAUUAUAUCAAUUAUAGUAAUUAUAUUUUGUACAGUAAUUUUUCAUUUUACAACCACUUAUGUUCUCCUCAUUGCUCUUCUUGUACUAUAUGAGGUUAUAGUUCUACAAGUAGUUUUAUAUCUUUAUAUUAAAAUCCGAUAUAGUUAA